AUGAGGCUCUUGACCACUUGUUCGCUUUCGUUCAUGGCUUUGCUGCUAGUCUUUGGACGGCAAGCUCAGGGUGUCGAGGGUGUUGUCAAGAGGUGGGAAUUUACAGUCAAGUACAGUGAGUGCAGCACGUGAGCCACGCUACAUCGGAUGCCUCUGAUGGAGCUGACCGACUCGUCGUCGGGCUGCAUGCGCAGCCGUAGACAAGUGUCCGAAGGGCUGGUAUAAAGAGGGCAAGAUCGGCCCUGCUUGGCAACAAGCUUGCAACGACGCCGGCGGUGACUAUGGCCACUACGAAGGCGGUAAAGAGAAUACGGUGAUAUGCACCAAGGGGUGAGCUGUUUCGUGAUGCGCCAACGAGACCCAGUCUCUCACAUCGUCCAUCCCCUUUCUCGAUUUUUUCUUUGCAGCGAAAACAACCUCGCCCCACAGGCAAUGAAUAUCCUCUUCAAGAACCAGCCAGGACAAUGGGCGUUCAGAGAGAUUCCGUCCUGA